AUGGAACUCUCCUUUGCCGGGCCUUCGCUGGAGUCGACACGCCGAGAAGCUCUCCGCCGUCGGCUGCGACCAGCGAUUUUGGUGCUGGUUUCGUGGGGGCUUCUGGCACUCGCAAUUUGGUCGGCAACCGUCGAACCAAGCUACGAGAAUGUCGAGUUUCCCCACUCGACGUCCUACGACUCCUACAACCUCACCUUUGCGACGGUGAUGCUGCAGAUUGUUGCUGCUUCGGCCGGCGUAGUGCUCAUGCACGCCCGAACCGACUGCCUUUUCCACCUCGGGGCCAUUUUGUUCGUGAUGUGGAUCAGCGAAGCAGCCCUGGUUGUCCAGUACAUCUUGCAGUUCCUUCGUAUCAAAGACUAUGGCCUGACGGUGGCGAUAUCGCUGGGUUGCUUGCAUGGCGUAGGCUUCGGCUAUCAGAAAACGUUUAUCUUCAACUGCAUGUCGGACAUUGAACUUGUUCUGGCCAUAAAUCUGGGUACACGGAAAGCUGCCCACAUGUUGCUCGUAGAUGCACUGCUCUCCAUUCUUGCGGUUACAGCAGCUGCGGCCCAAAGACUCAGGGCAGAUAUGGGUUUGCACUGGCCCGACUCAGUUCGAAUACUGUCGAGCAUGGUUUGUUGGGCAUUUCUGUGUGCCAGCACUAUUUUUGCCCUCCAGACUUUCAAAAUCAUGGGUGGUGUGCUCCGGCUGUCGGAGGACACAACUGCUCGCUUAGCACAGGAAGCCAAAUCACGCAGUCAGAUAUGGUUUCAAAAUGGUGACCCGGAGAUUGAGGCUACCUUUCACAAGUUGCGGAAGCACAGGCGCCACGUUCUGACCUUGUCUGUGGUUAGGCUGCUGGUUUUCGGUCACAUCAUGCUCUUCGGUGGCUUCCUGUGGCCACUUCCUGCGGACUUGAGUGCCCGGGUAACAGACCGCUUGGGCGGGGGAUUUGCUGGAUAUUUGAUGACAGACUCAGUGCUUAUUACGACUCUGUACUACCUCUACCUGAUCGUCAUCAUCUGGUAUGUCUACGGAGGCUUGUCGUCUCUUGUGGGCAUCCAUGCACGGUUCCAAGAGGAGCUUUGGCAAGUGUGUGGGCGGGGGAAGGCAACCAUGGCAAGGCUUCUAAGCUCGCUUCUGUUGGAGGAGCUGCGCUUGGCGAAGCGUGCCCGCCAGCAAGCGGGCUUUUCUUUGUCGAGCGAUCCGAGAUGGCAGGCUCAAGUCCAGGAUCUGGCGUGCCGUGCGAUUACCGUGGAGGUGCUCCUGGACUUCUACCAGGGCCUAGGGCGAGACUAUAUGCGGGGCUUCAACCCGGACAGGCACACGACCAGUGAUGUGGUGCGGCAAGCCAUCAUUCCCCUGAGUGCAAGCGCUGGAUCCGACAUGGCAAAUGUCCUGAUGCAAGGCCAGCGAAUGCUACCCGAGGCCAUGGUCUCCCACACAUGGCGAGGCCGCUUCCGGGACUUGGUCGCGGCUGUUGUGGCUGACGGUCUCGGGGAGCAAGAGUAUGGUCGCAUUGGCAAUCUACUGGACACCGACGUGGAUUUGAUAAAGCACUGGAUCUCCAGGGGCUGUGGACUUCAACGGACGUAUUGGAUCUGCGCCUUCUGCGUGAACCAACACAAGAGCAUCUGCUCACCAACGGUUCAACAGACAGACUCCGUCACAGGCGCGCUAGUGCCACCAUGUGGCUGCGGCUGUCCAAAGUUCCUGAACACGGACGCACCGUGUCGAGCGGACGGUUCCAGCAUUCAGUGCGAAAUGAACAAGUUCGGGGACAUGAUGGCUUGGCUAGCGGCCAAGGACAGCUCCUUCACACACGUUCUCGCCCUGGAUUUGGAUCUGGACCUGUUGCAGAGAGCUUGGUGCGUGGCAGAGGCUGCGGAAUCGUACAUCAUGGGCAUGUCCCAGUACAUGAAGGUCAGCAGCCUGUCGAACAUCAGACGGAAAUGGGCCAAAGUGAAGAAGCUGCGCGUCGAGGACAUGUCGGCUUCCAGGCCGGAGGAUGUCGCUGAAAUCUUGCAGCGCAUUCCCAACAAGGAGGAGUUCAAUACGCAGAUUCAGAAGCUGUUCGAUCGGCUCUUCGGACAGUUCUGGCACCUACCGCCGUCCGAGAGAGUUCGCGUUAUGUGCCGUGAGCUGCGAUGGAGGAUGAACAUGGUCGAGGCGAUGUCGGAGGAAGCCACAAGCCCGAUGUCAUCCGGGAGUCAGAAGAAGGGCGCGACGUCCCCGCUGCCUCCCCUGGAAUCUGCGAUGUUUUGA